AUUUGUUACAUCGAGUGAAACUUGUUGAGAAGGCUAUAGUUUCUCUUCAAGAAACGAAACAAAAGACUGAAUAUGACGUGUCAGAACUGAAACAAUGGAGAGAAAUCUUGAUAACAGAACAGAGCGACUGGACAACAAGAAUUGAACAACUCAGCAAAAAACAAAAGCAGAAUUUUAAAAACUUCAGAAAACAAAUGAGUGAACAAGAUAACAAAGUAAAGGAGCUGAACAAAGAAAUUGAAUGUUUAAAAGAAAAAGAUGCCAAGUCAAACAAAACACUAGAGAAAAUGUGUCUAGAUAUGAAAAAAAUAUGAAAACAGCUUACAGAAAAUAAAUUCAGAGAUGCAAGUUUACACAGAUAAUAGCAAAAUAAUGGCCGACACAUCAAACAGGAUUGAUAAAUUAGAAUUAAAGCACAGCGUGGUGUACAAACUCCUAGAACAAAGAUUGAUGCCUUUUGACAAAAUGAUUCAAAUGGUUAACCAAAGAUUCGAAGAUAGAGAACAACAUUUAAAGAAGCUGGAGGUCAUUGAAAGUGAGAUAAAAAGGCUAUCAAGAGAUAUUCAUACGAUCGACACACGAGAUUGUAACAGAUAUGCGUGUCAUAUACAAUUGAAAGGUGACACAGCUGUCAGUCGAGGGUCAAUUGUUUCAAGAUUUGGUGAUGUACGGGAAUAUAACAGUCAAAACUUCAACCAAACAACAGGAACAUUUGUAUCACCACACGAUGGUUUAUAUCUUGUCUGUGUCACUCUACACGAAUGGGAAGACAAACUCAUUAGAGUUGGCAUCUGGGCCCGUGACAUGUGGUAUAAUGUUAUCGAAGUUAAAUCUGCCCACACAAGCGCUGCUGGGUCAGUGGUUGUUGACAUGAAGAAAGGACAAGAACUUUACUUUUAUGUGGAUGGUGCGGAUCAAGACGCUAAGUUAUCCUGUUUUAGCAGUUUUGCUAUAGUUAGUUUGUUCAAGUAGGGUUUAAAACAAGGCACACCCCUACCCCUUAAACUGGGUUUCAUUUUGUUUAAAAAAAAAAGUAACAACUUAAAAUAU